GGGUGAGUAUAACAAAAUUACACUCCGCUCCAACAUCGACCCAAAAUCGAUUUCUCCCUUGCAAAAAGUUGUUCUGAAACAAACACUCAUUGCAUCUAUGGAUCAUCAUAAACAAGUUUCAGAUCAACAAGUUCGAAAACCGGCUUCACCGACCAAGUGUUCGGCUCAUGGGAUCAGUGAGGUCACUAUCACCACCGGUGUACCGGCAAAAACAAGUCCGGUGGCUUCAUCGGAAAAAGGCUCCGGAGAUUGCACCGGCAAGGUGGAUGAUCAGAAACUGAGGAUCACAACUAACAAACAAACAUCCAUACCCAUGGGAGGAUAUAACGUAGAAUACGCAGGGAUCAACGAAGAACAACAUUCUCCUAGAACAAAUCCCUGUCACAGUUACAAAAAAAUCUCGCUUCUGCCCCUAAUUUUUCUCAUAUUCUACGAGGUAUCCGGGGGCCCGUUUGGUGUCGAGGAUAGCGUUAAGGCAGCCGGCCCGCUUUUAGCUCUUGUCGGGUUCUUAGUCUUCCCAUUUAUAUGGAGUGUACCCGAAGCUUUAAUAACUGCCGAAAUGGGCACGAUGUUUCCGGAAGAUGGCGGUUAUGUCGUUUGGGUGUCGUCUGCGUUAGGUCAGUAUUGGGGGUUUCAACAAGGUUGGAUGAAAUGGCUUAGUGGGGUCAUCGAUAACGCGUUAUACCCGGUUCUGUUUCUUGAUUAUUUGAAAUCGGGUUUCCCGGCUUUAGGCGACGGGUAUCCGCGAAUCCUAGCUGUAAUAGGUUUGACUGUUGCGUUGACUUAUAUGAACUUCAGGGGCUUGACGAUUGUCGGGUGGGUUGCGGUUCUUUUAGGAGUCUUUUCGAUCCUCCCGUUUGUAAUUAUGGGGUUCGUUUCGGUUCCCAAAAUAGACCCGGCGAGAUGGCUCGUGGUUGACUUACAUAUCAUAGAUUGGAAUUUGUACUUAAACACAUUGUUUUGGAAUCUGAACUAUUGGGACUCGAUAAGUACGUUAGCGGGUGAGGUCGAUAACCCGAAAAAGACACUCCCGAAGGCUUUGUUCUAUGCUUUGAUAUUCGUCAUUUGCGGCUACUUUUUCCCUCUGCUUAUCGGGACCGGGGCGGUCCCCCUCGACCGCGACCUUUGGACCGACGGGUAUUUUUCGGAUAUCGCAAAAAUCGUCGGUGGUGUGUGGUUGAGAUGGUGGGUCCAGGCGGGUGCCGCCAUGUCAAACAUGGGAAUGUUUGUAACCGAAAUGAGUAGCGACUCGUUUCAACUUCUCGGUAUGGCGGAGCGCGGUAUGCUUCCCGAGUUUUUCGCUAAACGAUCCCGUUACGGGACCCCGGUAAUCGGGAUAUUAUUUUCGGCUUCGGGUGUGGUUUUGCUUUCACAGUUGACGUUUCAAGAGAUUGUGGCGGCAGAAAACUUUCUUUACUGUUUCGGUAUGAUCUUGGAGUUUAUAGCCUUUGUGCGGUUAAGAAUGUUGUAUCCAGCCGUUAGCCGGCCUUAUAAGAUACCGGUUGGAACCGUUGGUGCGGUUCUUAUGUGCGUUCCUCCAACCAUAUUAAUUUGUGUGGUUUUGGCUCUGUCAACGCUUAAGGUCAUGGCAAUAAGCGUUUUUGCUAUACUUUUCGGGCUUGUUUUGCAGCCGUUCCUCAAGUAUGUCGAGAAGAAAAGAUGGGUCAGAUUCUCGACUAGUGCUGAUCUUCCGGACCUGCAUAAUGUUGAUGAGAAUGAUGAGUCUUUGUGUCUUAGUGAGUAGUGACAUCAAUGUGGUUGAGAGCUUGUUUAUAUUCUGUUGUAUGAUGACAGUUUUUAUGUUUUUUGGUGUUAAAAGUUUAGUAGCCUUUUGUGUUCAAA